CUGAAUGUAGACAGUGUUUACUGCGUCACAGCGGCUGGACACGCCGAGCGUCGUGGCUGAGGUGUAACUCUGCUGGAAGCUUCCACACUCAUGAAGCGUCUCUGCGAGCGAACACUGUCAAGCAUGGAAAACACACCUCAGUCCAGGCAUAACCCAUAGAAAACCCUCACACAACCUCAGCUCCACAGUAUGGACUCCUCUACGAACAGUUUGGAUGACGCGUCAGCAGACAGCAGCACAGAGUUCCCAGACCGAGCUUCCAUGAUGGAGGUGCGUCUGCAGGCGCAGGAGGAUGAAAUCACGCUGCUGAAAUCCUCACUGGCUGAUGCCCUGCGCAGAAUCCGCCUCCACGAUCAGCUCUUACCGUUACUGAAACAGCAGCUCAUUGCAGUGAACCCGGGUGCUGCACGAGUCCUGAACCAAGUGUGCUGCUCAGAUAGUUGCAGCAGCAGCAGAAAACUGUCCUUGAGCUCAGCCGCCGACGGGAUCCGGCACCCUGCUACCAGCCAACUGUCAGACAGCAUCAUGACCAAUACCAAUGGCCACAUAGGAAGCUCUGUGUCCAUGCAGCCAAUACCCAAACCAACAACAACGGACAGGUCAACCCAGACAGAGCCCACACUUCCAGGGCAGGACACUGGGCAUGACAGGGUCCUUCUCCACAGACGGGUCCAGAGUCUGCAACUAGAGGACGCCCUGCCACCAGGGCAGCCUGUGGUUGAGGGGACACGGGGUAAGCUCCAUCGCGUCCCUGGGCUGGAAGAGGAGGACGAGGAGCAGGAGGAAGAUGAAGAAGGAGUGGAGCAGGAAAAAGAUCUGAGUUGGAUGUCGUCAGUGGAGGAGCCCAUUCAGCCCACCACAAUCAGAGGCCUCCAGAGGGAGGACUUCCAGGACGGGAGUUGCUCUCCAGAGGAGCCGGGCCCUGGCUCGCCCUCAGUCAGAUCUAUAGACCAGAACCUCAGCUCCCGAUCUGGACCCCUGACCACCAUCCAGGAAGGAGAGAAGAAACCACUGGUUCGUAGGAACAGCGAGAAACUGGGGAACCCGGAGAGGCAGAGGAAACGUCUCGACAAGAAGGCAGCGUCCUCGGCCAACCUCCUUACCCGCUCCCCCAGCCUGGAGAAUCGGGCGAAGGAGCUGAUCGCCAGUGCAGGAUCCCCCGGGUCCAGAAGAGGAACCUAUGGCCAAGGACAGUCAAUCAAAAUGUUCAUACGCGGCCGGCCGAUAACCAUGUACAUCCCCUCUAACAUCCAGAACUAUGAAGACCUGAAGAUGGAGCCGCCCUCUGAGAGACUGGAACUGGACUGGGUCUAUGGUUACCGUGGACGCGACUGCCGGGCCAACCUGUACUUCCUUCCAACGGGCGAGGCAGUCUACUUCAUCGCCUGCGUUGUUGUGCUUUACCACAUCAACAGCCGCACACAGCGCCACUAUCGCAAACACACUGACUGUGUCCGCUGUCUUACCCUCCAUCCUGACAAGGUGCGAGUGGCAUCUGGCCAGACAUCAGGGGUGGAUAAAGACGGCAAGCCCUUGCAGCCUUGUGUUCAUAUCUGGGACUCCACCACCCUGGUUACCUUGCAGCAGAUCGGCCUAGGAACCUUCCAGAGGGGAGUGGGAUCCGUUGCAUUUUCUUUUGCCGAUUCUGGAGCGUUCUUGUGUGUGAUCGACGACUCUAAUGAACACAUGCUGUCAGUGUGGGACUGCAACAAAGGAACCAAGCAUGCAGAGGUCAAGAGUACCAACGAGGCUGUGUUCGCUGUGGAGUUUAACCCCAGUGACAGCACCAAUAUCAUCACCUGUGGGAAAUCCCAUGUCUACUUCUGGACACUCAACUCAGGACAGUUCACCAAGAAACAAGGCAUCUUUGGAAAAUACAAGAAGCCCAAGUUCAUCCAGUGCUUUGUGUUCAGUUUGACUGGAGAUGUUCUGACGGGAGAUUCUGAAGGAAACAUCCUGACUUGGGGAAAAUCAGCUGCAGAUGUCAAAACGCUUGGCAAAGGAGCCAAAGAGACCUUCCAGAUCAUGCGACAGACCAGAGCACAUGAAGGCAGCGUGUUUACCCUGUGCCCCCUGCAGGGUGGUGCACUGCUCAGCGGAGGAGGGAAAGACCGCAAGAUCAUCCGCUGGAGUGCUGACCUGGCACCCGAGAGAGAGUGUGAGAUUCCAGAAAAGUAUGGAGCAGUCCGUACCAUUGCAGACGUGGAUGGAGAGGAGUUAUUAGUUGGUACAACCCGUAAUGCCAUCCUUAGAGGCACCUUCUCAGAUGGAUUUGUGGCCAUAGUGCAGGGCCAUGUAGAUGAGAUGUGGGGGCUGGCUACACACCCCUCUCAGAACAUCUUCCUCACCUGUGGUCACGACAGGCAGGUGUGUUUGUGGAACACAGAGGAACACAAGCUGGACUGGUGCAUCACCCUGGAGGAGUAUGGGCUGUGUGCUGGUUUCUGCCCAAAUGGUUCAGUGGUUUCAGUCGGCCUCAGCACAGGAAGGUGGAUGGUCCUCGACCUGCUGACCAGAGAGGUGGUCUCUGAGUUCACUGAUGGGAACGAGCAGCUGUCUGUCAUGAGAUACUCACCAGAUGGCAGCUUUUUAGCUGUCGGUUCCCAUGACAACUUCAUCUACAUCUACAAUGUGACGGAGAGUGGCCGGCGAUAUGCGCGUUUCGGGAAAUGCAAUGGUCACUCCAGCUUCAUAACUCACCUGGAUUGGUCCAAAGAUGGAAAAUACAUUAUGUCUAAUUCAGGCGACUAUGAGAUCCUUUACUGGGACAUCGCAGCAGGCUGUAAACUGCUGAGGAAUCGCUUUGAGAGCAAAGACAGAGAGUGGGCCUCCUAUACCUGCGUGCUGGGCUUCCAUGUCAUGGGUGUGUGGUUGGAGGGCUCCGAUGGCACCGACAUCAACGCCCUGUGUCGCUCUCACAGUGAGAGGAUGGUGGCCGUGGCUGAUGACUUCUGCAAAGUUCACCUCUUCCAGUACCCCUGUCCUAAACCAAAGGCGCCGAGCCACAAGUACGACGGCCACGGCAGCCACGUCACCAACGUCUGCUUCACCCACAGCGACUCCCACCUCCUCUCCAUGGGUGGGAAGGACACCUGCAUCCUUCAGUGGAGCGUGAUGGGAGGCGGGGUCAUCGACAGCAGGGAGAGACUGGCCUCGGCCUCGUCCACCUCUACCAGCUCUCCAGAACCUGCCACCAGCUAGAAAGGACACAGUUAAGAGUGGUGACAGAGAGGGGGGGACUGUUUACACACAGCCAGAGGGGCGUGUUGGUCAGUGGACCUCGGCCACAGUUAUGGGCUCAGCCGGGCCUCUGCGGUGCCACUGCUGCCUCAGUUUC